ACAGUUUUAAUUAUUUUAUUUAAAUAUGGGUUGUUGUUCAAAACCAUGUUGUACAAUUACAACAGGAGUAUUUGGUGUUAUUUUUGUGAUAGUAGCGGUUGUUUUAGGAUGGGUUGUAUUUCCAAUGGAAGUUGAAAGACAAAUUAAAUUGAAUGUUAUACUUAAAAAUGGCACAGAACAAUUUGAUCGAUGGAUGAAAACUCCAAUACCAUUAAAUUUCAAAGUUUAUUUAUUUCACAUAUUAAAUCCAGAUGAAGCACAUAACGGUGCUCAGAUUGAAGUUGAACAAAAAGGACCAUAUAUUUACAAGCAACAACGUGAAAAAAUACCAGAAUCUGUGACAUACAAUGAGACAUCAAACGAAUAUACAUAUUUGGAGCGACAGUUAUAUGAAUUUGAUGCUGAAGCUUCGGCACCUCUGAAAGAAACAGAUGAAAUAACAAUGUUAAAUACACCUUUAAAUGCACUUUUACAAAUUGUGGAAGAUACGCCAGCUUUAACGAACUUAGCGGGUUCAAUUAGAAGGGCUUUUAAUUCAAUAUUUCCAAAUCAAACAACAGUGUUUGUUAAAACAACUGUACAUGAACAGUUAUUUGGUGGUUACCGUAUGUGUGGAAAAAGAAAAGGGGUAGAUGCGAAACUUGUUUGUCCCAUGAUUAAUAGUUUUGCACCAAAAGAAGUUGUUAAGCAGAAAGAUGGUUCUUAUCUGUUUACAUUCUUCCAACAUAAACAAAACAAGAAUGAUGGAUAUUUCACGGUGAAAUCAGGCGAAUCUGAUGUACACUUAACUGGCCAAUUUACUGCUUUUAAUUUCUCACAUUAUACGGAUUAUUGGAACGGUGAGAAUAGUUGUAGUGAAGUUUAUGGAACAGAUGCAGUUAUAUUUCCACCAUUAAUUAAAAAAGACGAUAUUUUUUCGAUAUACCAUCCUGAUAUAUGUCGUCGAGUAGAUAUUGAAUAUGCUGGUGAAGAUAUAACAUACAAAGGUAUUAAAGGAUCACGGUACUCGUUAACAGAUGAAUCAUUUGCACCACCUUGCAACGAAACAGGAACAGCAUGCUAUUGUUUGAAUAAAACAAGUGAUAUGUUUGGCGAAAAAUCAUGUACGAAGUAUGGUGCUUUAGAAUUGUACAGUUGUCAUGGAGCUCCAAUUAUACUAACAUUACCUCAUCUUUAUAAGGCUGAUCCUUUUUACACCAAAAAUACAGUUAAAAAUUUAAAUCCUGAUCCAGAAAAGCAUAUUACAUUUGUGGAUUUAGAAACGGAUACUGGAACACCUUUAAGAGGAACAAAACGUGUACAAUUUAAUAUGUUUGUUCGGCCAAUAAGUUUAUUUGAGAAACAAACUAAAAAUCUAAAGCCAGCAAUUGUACCAAUGUUAUGGAUAGAUGAAGGAGUGGAAUUAAAUGAUGAAUUAAUAAAUAAAUUAAAAGAAGAUUAUUUGAAUGUUGUAAAACUUUUAGAUUAUGUCAAGUGGGGUUUAAUAGGUUUUGGUGCCGUAUUAACAGUUGUUGGUGGAUUAUCAUUUUGUAUUGUUAAGAGACGACAAAGUUCACAAACAGUUUAA